UUUAAGGAGUAUAUCACGUUGAAUAAGUACAGUUACGUAUUUUAUUUGCAGACCUGAGUGGUACAAAUUUGCAAUCGCGGAAGUUGCUGCAUGUAUCCGAGCUGCAGAAUAGUCAGCGUUGUUGUUGUUGUAGUAGGAUAUUAUUAAUUAAAAAAAAAGACAGCUGGUCGGUUAAAAUGGAAGACGACGCGCCUGUAAUAUAUGGUCUUGAAUUUCAGGCCCGAGCAUUAACUGCCCAGACAGCUGAAACUGAUGCCAUUCGUUUCCUUGUGGGCACACAGUCUCUGAGGUUCGACAACCAGAUCCACAUCAUUGACUUUGAUGAUGAGAAUAACAUCAUUAAUAAGAAUGUCCUUCUACACCAAGCUGGGGAAAUAUGGCACAUCAGCGCAAGUCCUACAGAUAAAGAAGUGCUUACCACCUGCUACAACAAAACCAAUGACAGCAGGGUGGUGUCCUGUGCAGCAGUAUGGCGGAUGCCCUCCAAUUGGGAGACAGGAAAUCAUGAAUCACCUGACGAUUCGGCCCACAACCCCCAAACCCUGGAGCUGCUCUGUCACCUAGACAACAGUGCCCAUGGCAACGCAGCAUGUGUGCUGUGGGAGCCAAUGGGGGAUGGCAAGCGCGUGAUUUCAUUGGCUGAUAGCCAUGUACUACUCUGGGACCUGAGUGAGAGCUCUACACAGGCCACAAUCUCCAGCACUGCUACGCUGGGGGGUAAAGGUCAGCUGAAGUUCACUUCUGGCAAGUGGAGCCCUCACCAUAACUGCAGCCAGCUUGCCACGGCCAGUGACACAGCCAUAAGAGGCUGGGACCUGCGCACCAUGAGUCAGAUUUACUGCAUCGAGAACGCUCAUGGCCAGCUGGUUCGCGACCUUGAUUUCAACCCAAAUCGACAGUACUAUCUGGCCAGCUGUGGAGACGACUGCAAGGUCAAGUUCUGGGAUGUGCGUAACAUUCAGGAGCCCAUCAAAACCCUGGAGGAUCACUCACAUUGGGUGUGGAGCGUCCGCUACAAUCACAGCCAUGACCAGCUGGUGUUGACAGCCAGUAGUGACAGUCGCCUCAUCCUGUCCAAUAUGGUGUCCAUCUCUUCUGAGCCGUUUGGCCACUUGGUGGACGAUGAGGAGCUCAGCGAAGGAGAGGAUAACCACCAGGAUGAAAAGGGCAAGGAGCCUCUGAAGGACAGUGUGGUUUCCACCUACGAGGAGCAUGAAGACAGCGUAUAUGCAGCUGAAUGGUCAUCUGCCGAUCCGUGGCUCUUUGCCUCGCUCAGCUACGACGGACGCCUCGUUAUCAACAGAGUCCCACGUGCCCUUAAAUACCGGAUACUAUUGUGAGGGAACCUGUAUGCAAGGCAAAGAGAUUUGAAAACUGCUGUAAAAGCCAAGAUAUUGUUGCAAAAACUGUAAGUAAUGUAAAUACAGUAGAUGUCCAUAAUACAGCAAACUAAGCAUUCCUGGUUAACUUAUUCAGUGUCAUCUUGUCAAAAUGUCAAUAACGUGUAUUCUCAUCAUAUUCGUCCUUCAGCUGUAGCAUCAAGAAUUAAAAAUUACAAUUAAUUACAUUAAAGGGGACCUAUUAUGCUAAUUUUUCGACCCUUUGUAUUGAGUUGGUGUCUCAUAUAGAGCAGCUACACACAAUAACCCGCACAGAAAACUGUUUAGAUUUUCCAGAAUCUGCGCCUAUUCCAGUUGUAUUUCCUUUCAUUUAUGCUUCCUGACAAAGACUGUCUGUUUUAAUUUAUUCCACCCACAGCCCGCCUCCGGGCAUGCCCACUCCACACGCCCAAAGUACUAUUAACCAUAUAAGGAAGUCUGUGACAUCACAAAGAGGCAGUUUUACCACGCCUUUUGAAACUGAGCUUUCUGCGCCAUCCCAAACUUCUUUUAGGGCUCACUUCCAAAUGCACAAACCUCAUUAUCUGAAACUUUGGCAUCGUUUAACACGAGAAUACAACAUUAUAACUACAUUUAUAGGUCAGAAAAAGCAUAAUAGGUCCCCCUUAAAUGUUUUAAUGUUAUUAACAUGACAAGCCACUCAUUAUGAUUGUGAACGGAGGCCAAGAUCAUGUCAUCAAAGAUUGUGAUUAGCAUCAUAAUCGUAAAUAUUGUUUAAAAGGAUGUAGUUAAAAAUGUAUAUUAAAUGACAGCAUACAUUAGCAUUGGGUUAUUUUGUCUAAAUACUCAACUUUCCUUCAAAAGGGACACAUAUAUUGUAUUUCAAAUGUUACAACACAACAACAACUGUGUUUGCAUACGCAUGCGCGGUGGCAGUAGGUGGCACACAUGGAUGAGGGUCUUGUCAUUACACCGGAAAAACAGGUUUUUAUUGCAGAUUUGAAUUAUCGCACAACAGGCAUAAUCAUCCCUAAUAAAUUCUUCUCCUUUAUCUUUGGACUUUUCCCUUCAGAGGUCACC